UGAAAGAGCGACUCUUACUGGGCAACACGUGUCAUUUGUCCCUGGGAAUGGUCCAAUCGGCUCGAUGGUGACGAGUCACGUGACGUGGGUGUGGCGUGGAGGAAGGAGGGAAGAAGAGCAACAUCAAACAUGGAGGUUGUUCCCGUGGAGAGAAACUGGACGGAGGACAAAGAAAGGUUGCUCAUCGCCUUUUUCUCCAUCAGAGCACAGCUGUCUAUGGAACCACAAAUCUGAGAGUUACAAAAACCGGGAACUACGAACCAGAACUCUAGAGCGUCUGAGGAUCCUCCUGUCUGCUCAUCCGCCUCCGGUUCCUUUCACAGUGGACAACAUUAAGAGCAAGUUCAAGAACCUUCGUACCACCUUCCAGCGUCAACACAAACUGGUGAAGGCGAGCGAGACGUGCAGCCCUGACCGCGUCUUCAUGCCGCAGUGGAAACAUUACCAGCAGCUGAUGUUCCUGCAAGGCUCCUUGGACCAGGAGGACGCCACGGACGACCUGCCGCCGCGUCCACCAUCUCCACUGACUGUCCAAAAGGAGGAGAAGCAGCUUAUCCCAAUCGUCUCCUCCCCCUUAUCCUCCAAUAUGAUUAAAUGUUACUGGACGGAGGAGCGAGAGCACAUGCUCAUAUUCUUCUAUUCUGAACACAGCUGUCUGUGGAACAAGAAAUCUGAAAACUACAACAACCGUCAGCUCCGAGUGCAGCUGCUUGAGCGUCUGAGGCACCACCUGUCUGACCAAUCAGUGAGCUUCUCAGUGGAAGAUGUAAAGUGCAAAUUCAAAAACUUUCGGACCAUAUUUAACCGGGAGUACAAGGCGGUGCAAGAGAGCAAGGUGUCUGACAAACCUUACGUGUCUAAGUGGAAGCACUACCAACAGCUGCUCUUCCUCUGUGAGUGCUGCGAUGAGGAUGAGACUUCGGAUGAUCUCUGCAUUAUGACUCCAAAAGAGGAAACUCAUCCUGAUCCUGGAACUCAAACAGUGUGUUCCACUGUCCGUGGCUUCUUCUCUAGUUCUACCCAGAGUGGCAGUAACGCGUUCAGCACGUCUGGUCACAGUGAUGCUCAAAAAAACUCCCCAUCGCCAUACCUCAUCUUCCUGUCAGCGUCUCCAGACAGUCUCAAACCUAGCAGCCAAAGAACCCGUUCCACCACCACCGCGUCUCCAUCCGGAUCAGUACUGCCAGAUACCAAACCAGUGUCUCCAAGCCCCGCCCCUCUCAUGGUCUCCACAUCCAGUUCAGUUAAGACUGACGUCAGACUGAGCGCAGAGCCACACUGCCACUGGACUGAAGACAAAGUUCAUCAGCUCAUCACCUUUUUCUCCGAUCACAGCUGCCUGUGGAACCACCGGUUGGACAGCUACAGAAACCGUUUGCUGAGACAAAGACUGUUGGAGUCUCUGAGUGUCCUGCUGUCUGAGAACGAGCCCAUACCUUUCACAGUCGACGACAUAAAGACAAAGUUCAGGAACCUGCGCACCAUCUUCCAACGCGAACACAAGUCGGUCAGCGCAAACAAGACCUGCGGCUCAGAGGAUUUCUACCUUCCAAAGUGGAAACACUAUCGUGACAUGAUGUUCCUGUGCGACUCAUGCGAUGAAGAUGACUGCGCAGAGGACCUCAACUUCCACGAAUCCCAGGAGUCCAGCCUCGUGUGUCUGAGCAGAAGACAAGCUCGGCCCUCACAGCAGUACCAAACUAACGGGACCAAGGUCAGCUUGGACCCUCUGACCUCCCCAACUCCUCACGACCCUCAGCAUGCUGCCUCCUCCUCCUCGCCAUCCACAUCAGGACACCAGCCAGUGAACCUCCAGGCACCGACCUCCACCACCGAGUUCCCAAACCUCAAGAGGACUUUUGACCACAUGCAGAUGAUGUCGCCUCAUGCUGGCUUCAUAAAGUAUGUGGAGGAGUGCCUGAACGAGACUCCGCCAGACAGAGUGAAGAAGCUGAAGAAGAAGAUCAUUGAGACCAUCCACAGCAUGUCGGAGGACUUUUAGCGCAACGGCUGCAUGUUGUGUUCACAGGCCUUAAACUGGUUUCUCUGAAUGAAGGGCCAUGCUAAUGUUAGCAUGUUUCUACCCUGAGCAUUCAAGAGCGCUGAGUCAUGGUUUCAUGCUAAUGUUAGCUUUUGCAUGUUUAAUGUUAUGUUUUAUCUGUUUACAGAGUGCUACCCUUUGAGACUUUAGCACAGCUUUAUUUUUCAAACACUAAGAAGUAUUCUGGUUUGUCAUCAGAAUGUUUUUAAAACUGACUAACACACUGUCCUUCCGCCAUGUUUAAUUUGUAUUGUUGCAUUUGACCUUUUAAGGGCACCAAAGGUCAUCUGUCAAGUGGGAAGCUGACAUUUGCAUUCAUAUUAGCGUUUAAAGUUACCCACGGGUCCGUCUUUAAUCUGCUGAUGUAAACAUCCAUGAGAAACACUGAGACAAAACUGUGACUUUUGAUUUUGAAAUAACUUUACUCUCCCUUUCCUUCAGAUCAAAACUCUUGAUUUAUUUAUUAUUUUGUUCAAACUCACAGACACACAGGACCGAUAACGAUCACCCCCACGUGCACGACCUCUGUACAUGUGUGAUUGUUCUGAAAAAACAAUUCUCCAUGUGGGAGUUGUUUAGGUUCCUGGGUUCAGCUUUGGUUGUUGGAGGCUUUGUAAUUGUCAGCAGACUCUUCUGAACCAAACUGAGUCAUGAUGAUUCUGAGCCUUUAAACGUUGUUUAAAAUGCGGAGUGUUUGUGCAGACGUCUGAACUCUGACCUUCAGUGGGGCAGAGUGGGGUGGCUAGACGUAGACAGAAAUGUGUGGAAAUGAAUCUUUGUUGUGUUUAACAUCUUUGGGAAAUUUACUUUUUUAUUUAACAGAAUUAUUAUUAUUGUUAUUGUUUCUUCACACUUUUUAAGUUUUUAAAACAACAUUGCUUAAAUUUCUUUUGUCAUUAUUUAAUGCAGUUGCAUUUACAUACAGUUACCAUAUGAAGCUUUCCUUAAAACACUAUGCAUGUAUAUAUUACAACUUAAAAUUCUUUUUUAUUAAAUAGAAGUCUUUAAACACUG